AGAGGUCCGAGCAUUGACUGGCAUCCGAGUAUCCGAAAUUCACCGUGUUCCGCGACGGCGAAUCAUCGUCGACGAGGGGCGAGAGGCGGGUGACAAAAUGCCGUCAGGUAUCUGGGCGUCGAUGCGCAGCAUCGUCGACGGCGCGAUUCGGAUGUGAGGCCUGAAUAAAGCGCGCGACGCGAUGCGAUACGUUUACAAGUUGUUCCUGCUGUGCCUUAUCCUGGCCGCGCUCAUCAUAUUGCUCAAUGUGACCAGCAAUUUUUCCAAUAAGUUGUACGACCAGCAGGCAGCCGGCAAAGAGCGCCUGUUGCUGCUCCACAAGAAGACUCCAGCGACAACGGCGACGAGCGAGGUGACGAUAUGCGUGGUAGUGUGCGGAGACAGGCUAUACGAGGCCCUGACGAUGCUCAAGUCGGCGUUGGUCUUCGCCAACAGACCGCUGCAACUAGUGAUAUUGGCGGAGAACAACCUGAUACCGGCCUUCAGUGAGAAGCUAUCAGAAUGGAAGCUCAUAUCCAACAAGACUUUCGACUUUGUGGUGCGACCCAUUACCUUUCCCGAGGGUAGCGACGUGGCCAUGUGGAAAAAGCUGUUUAAGCCUUGCGCGGCUCAGCGACUGUUUCUGCCGACCGUACUGAACGACACGGAUGCGGUGCUCUAUGUGGACACAGAUACCCUGUUUCUGGCGCCGCCGGAGAAGAUCUGGGAUGAGUUCAAGAAGAUGAACUCUAGCCAGCUAGCAGCUCUCAGUCCUGAACAUGAAGACCCCAACACUGGUUGGUACAACAGAUUCGCCAAACAUCCGUAUUAUGGCAAGCUGGGUGUGAAUUCCGGCGUGAUGCUGAUGAAUUUGACAAGGAUGAGGGAGUUCCGAUGGACGGACUAUGUGAUUCCCAUUCACAAAGAAUACCGGCUGAAGAUCACCUGGGGCGAUCAGGAUAUAAUCAACAUAAUAUUCCAUUAUCACCCAGAGAAGCUGUAUGUGUACUCGUGCCGCUAUAAUUACAGGCCGGACCACUGCAUGUACAUGUCGGUGUGCAACGAAGCGGAGCGAGAUGGUGCUCUGGUGUUGCACGGCUCGCGCGGUACUUUCCAUUCGCAGAAGCAACCACCAUUCAAGGCCGUGUACAGGGCCAUGCAGGAGUAUCAGCUCAACACUGAUCCGUACGACGAACUGCUUGUGCCAAUGAGAAAUUACCUGGCGAUGGAGGACAGGUCAAACUGCGGCCGAGUCGGGAAGGUGUUCAUUAUCCAGCCCGAGUUGCACUUGGGUCGCAACUUUUGAAUUUGCUGCUCGACAGCCCAUCAGCAUCUACUUCCAGAGUGAUAUUACUUUCCCCGCGCGUUUGUGAGUCUUCUCACACCCCUUUUUUGAUAAUUUCUUGAUACAUAUAGAUGUGUUAUAUACAGAUAACGGAGCAAUAACGAAUAGGAUGUAAGUGUUUGUACGUAAUCAUUUUUAGUCGUAGCGUAAAUCCGCGUUUUCCCUCGGUCCCCAGAAAUUUCCAGAGAGUUUUUAGUAUUUCAAAUACUUAACUAUAUUACACCAAUAUUUACACACAUAGGUAUAUAUAUAUGUAUUAUAUGUCAGAAUCCGAAUUGCGAGGUUCUUUCCCAGGUGAUUGUGUGUCCCAGAGUGUAAUCCGUGUUGAUUUCGUAUGAAUUUCAUAUUGUAGACUGAACCUUUUCUGUGGUGCAUUUGAGUUAUCUUGUUGACAAGUGCGCUAUGUUGUUACUGUUUGCAUGAGAAGUGGUGCGGCGAAUAUGUUGUUAUACAUUUUUAUCCGAAUUUCGACAAUACUUAGCUUGCAAAUCUAUUUCGAGGAAAAGCGUCGAUUAAAGACUAUCUGCGAAAUUCGUGAACUUCACAGACUGAACAUCAAAGAUAUUUCUAGACCACAUUUUAGUAACAAAAAAUGACGAUAGCUAAAAGCCGAGUAAGUCGCGCUUAUCAUGUUUGUAGCAGAUGGACAAUAUUAAAUUGUCUAUUUGUUUAGACGCCAGAUAGACUUUAAUUGCAAUAUAUGCAACGUUACUUCGAAAUUGAUGUAUGUGUGAUUUCAUGAAUUUCGUCAAAAUCAAAUUAAUGCAUCAUCUUUUUGCUUGAAUUUGAGAAAAUAUAUAACUGGACUUGCAACAUUUCCAAAGUGAACGACUCAUUUUCUGACGAAACAGUUGAUAUUGUAGGUAAAAUUCAUAUAAAUACAUAUUAUCGUAGCGUUAUAUAUAAUUAAUUAAAAUUGCACGAAAGUGUUCAAAUUUUUACAUGACAUUUCUUACGAUGAAUAUGGGUGGUUUGUAUCGUUUCAUCGUCCAAUUGUUGGAGAAAUCAUUUGUGAUACUUUUCUUAUAAAAUAAUAUACAAGGCUUAUGAAAAUAAAGAUACUAUAGAAACAA